CACAGUGCGUGUUGAGACAAGGGACACUGUGGCCUAUAUAUAUCAGUUGACUGUCAGCAUUACACUCACAGCUAACCUGACAGUCGAAUAUGAGCGCACGAAGUAAAGCCCUGAAAAGGAAGGCUGCCGAAGAAGGCACCUUGAAAGCAAAACGUGCUAAAGGGGAGACCAACCUUUGUGAUAAUCUGAAAUGGUCCCAAGAAGGCGAGGUGAUGAGAGGGGUGUGUCCAUUGAUGAAGCUGACAUCGGACACACUUCCGGGUUCAACGAAAGUAAUCGGAUUUGAUAUAGACUUCACUGUUAUCAGAACUGCCAGUGGCAGGACGUUUGCUACAGGUGCCAGUGACUGGGAGAUGUGGGAUGAAUGUGUUCCCCAGAAGAUACGUGACUAUCACAAUGAAGGCUACAGAAUCGUUUUCUUCACCAAUCAGGCAGGCAUUGAGAAGCUCAAAGUGACUCCCCAGGAAUUCAUGAAGAAAGCAGAAGCUAUCAUUGGGGAAAUUGGGAUUCCAGUUAUGGUAUUUGCUUGCACUGGUACCAACCAUUUCAGGAAGCCAAGCACGUUCAUGUGGGAUCAUUUCGUGGAGAAGUGUAAUGGUGGUGUCAAGCCAGACCUGUCCAAGUGUCGGUAUGUUGGUGAUGCAGCUGGACGAGCUGCUGAAUGGGCUCCUGGAAAGAAAAAGGAUUUCUCCUGUAGUGACCGCAUGUUUGCCGCCAACAUUGGAAUCGAUUUUCAAACUCCUGAGGAGUUCUUUCUAGGAGAGAAAGCAGUUCCUUUCAAAUGGAGAAAUUUAAAUCCAGAUGAUUUCAUUUCCACCAGCCAGAAAGGCAAGAAAAAAGAUUACCACAGUGAUAAACAGGAAGUUGUAGUGAUGACCGGUUGUCCUGCGUCUGGGAAGAGCACCUUUAGAAGGAGGUACCUGGAACCCCAUGGUUACGUGGCUAUUAACAGGGACACCAUGGGAACCAAGGCUAAGUGCCUCAAGGCUGCUAAGACAGCUCUGGACUCAGGAGACAGCAUCGUGGCAGAUAAUACAAAUCCAUCAUGUGAUGCUCGUGGUGAUUACAUACAAUUGGCCAAGUCUAAAAAAAUUCCAUGCCGAUGUCUCUGGAUUAAAACAGAAAGAGAAAUGGCAGUUCAUCUAAACUUUGUGCGCCAGAACCAGACGAACGGUCAGGUGCGACGGAUACCUGACGUGGGAUACAACGUCUUCUACAAGCAGUUUGAACCCCCCACAGAAGCAGAAGGGUUUUCAGAAAUCACAGAGAUAAAUUUUGCCACCGAUUUUGAAAGUAAACGCGAUGAGAACCUAUUCAGACAAUGGACCACUGGAGGCCAUUAGAUACCACUAUGCAAUGGUAGACAUUUUACUGUUAACAUACUGAUAUUAUAUGUUGUGUUCACUGCUAUAUAUACACAGGUUAGAUAUUUUUGUACAGAAAGUAAAUUACAGUGAAACCAGGUAGCUUUAAGGAUCCCCAUACCACGGCCAAACUGUAAAGAUGCACUCCAAACUUUGCUGAACAAAAACCAUGCCUGGUAAAAUGAAAUACCGUAAGAAACUUGUGUAAUUUGUGCAGUUUUUUUGUGUUGAAAUUAAGCUUGAAGUUGGGGGUGUGCAAAUUACAUCACUAUAGAUAUUUUCAAGGUUGUUUGUUUUUAGAAAUAUUCUGUCUUGCAGAAUUUUUUAUUAAUAUUUCGGUAAAAUGAAAUACCCCAGAAAUUUUUAUCAACAGCAGCGUUCUGAGUGUGAACACAACAGUGCCAGACCAGGAUUUGAACCCUCGACCUCCGACAUUAUACUAUCACUCUUACAAACUAAGAUACAUAUAGUCAACAGUUGUGCCCUGGCCUGGCUGCACUUACACAGCUGUAUCCAAAAUAAAAUAAAAGGGAGGUUACUCUUUGUAUGAAAAAUUACAGUGGAGCUCUCUAGUGUUUUGCCUGCUGUGGGACAGGGAUCCUUUAAAACAUUUUAUAAUAUCCUCCAUAUUUUCAUGUGUCUAAAAGACUUGCAUAUCUGGUUUUAAGCCAGCAUGGCUUUACCGACACACUCUUAUCCUACCAAAUGAUACGGUCACCCUGUGAUGUCUAUGUCUGGUUUCACUGUAACACAGUUACGGUAUGUAUAUCAGAUUUUAUAUUUACACAUCAUUUUUUAUACAUGAACAUUCACUUUUUUGAAUAUCAGAUUUUUUUUGUACUAUUGUAUGUCAUGAGAAAAAGGCAUUUAUCUUGCCUAGGCAUUUGUUAGCCAUGUUAACAGGAUGUGUUGCGUAGCCUGAUCAUUUGUAACCAUGUUCACAGGGUAUGUUGUCUUGAACAGAACAUUUUUAAUCCGAAUUCCAUGUUAUCAAGAUAUGCUGUCAUGGCCUGAUCAUUUACUGCCAUGUUAAAAUGGUUUUAUGUAUUGCCUUAUCAUUUUUAAGCCAUGUAUAACAAUUUUUGUUAUCAUCAAGUGAUUGGUUGUAAGCCAAAUUAAAAACGCUUGUUAAAGAAGUAGCAAAACGUAUUAUAUUCAAAGUGUCAUAUCAUUAAACUUUUGAAAAAACAGUUUUCUGUUUGUGAAGAGCUGGAUUGUGAUACAACAUUUAAACAUAUCAAUAUAAAAUGUCAUGCUAUUGAACAGCAUGUUUCUUAAUGAACAGCAGCAGUGUGACUAGCACUUGUACAGGGAACAGGCUAAGCUGGCAUACAGAGGAUGAUAAUCUGUUAAACUGACUUCUCAGUUGUUCAUUUUAGGAAGGACAUUUUUGGGAUAUAAUUAGUCAUUCACUGUAUGAGUAUGGUUACUAGGGCUGCAAAGAUUAUAUCCUGAUAUUUUGAAUACGGUUCGUUACACAAUAAAGUAAGUCACAGCCAUUUUGGAUUAAAGUCUAUUUCCUGGUGUAAUAUUGCCAUUCAAAAUUUGCAACAUAACUUUUUCACUUAGCUUUUACUGUUACUAUAUGUAUCGUGAUACGAAUUGUAUCAUGACCAAAGUAUUGGGAUACGUAUUGUAUAAUGACCAAAGUAUUGGGAUACGUAUUGUAUCAUGACCAAAGUAUUGGUAUACGUAUUGUAUCAUGACCAAAGUAUUGGGAUACGUAUCUUAUUGUCAUGUUAAUGUAUCGUUGCAGCCCUAGUGGUUACGCUUUGGUUUGUCACUGUAUAAUUAUUGUUUAACCUUGUCACCCCUAUGUAACUGUAGUAAACUCUUCCAUGCUUUGAUCUGGAUGAGUCCAUUAGGGUCUACAGUGGUGAAAGGGUUAAACUGUAUGAUUUUGGUUACACUUUGGUAACACUGUACAAUUGUUGUUAAACUUUAUAAUUGUGGUUACACAUUAUAAAUAGAAGUGCCCUAAUCAUUGGUAGUUGGUUUUCAAUGUUAAAAUCUCAUUAGUUGAUAUUCAAAUUGUAUAAGACAAGAUAUAUAUAUGUCUUUUUGUAUCUACUUUGAGUUGGAUAUAAGAAGCCUUCACACGUUUGGGAUAAUUUUUCUCCCAUUAUACUCAUAUUGUAUUUUGAAAACCAUUUAUUUUUCUUGGAAAUACAAUAAUUUCAGUGCUGUGAAAAAUGUUUGAGCAAAUAAUUUUUACAUAAUGUUACAUUUAAAAUAGAAGUCAGUGAAAUACUUCCAGGUUGUUGCCCACAUGUGUGUAACAUGAAAGGUUGAUCAAGUAAUUGUUUACACUAACUUUUACAGUUUGUUUGUUGUACAGUUAAUUUGUAUUGUAUGUGAUUAUACAGGUUGAUGAUUAUAGGGCAUCUCACCUUCUGGUUCAGACAACCUGAAAACGAUUGAAAACAGCUUAUUAUAAUAUAUCUGCUAUCAUUACUAUUUUUCUCUGGCAAACAGAAUAUCAUAAUAAGCGGGUUCCACUGUAUUAUCCAAGAUAUCACAAGAAAUAUCUACCACAUACACUUUUUUUCAUCGUAAACCUCGAAAAUACAAAUCUAUAUGACAAGCAAAACAUGAGUUUCAUGUUAGACAGGAGACACUAUAUAAAUGUUAUAUCAUGAUUUGAUACAAAACUGGUAAGAAGUUUAAAACCCUUUCACCACUGUAGACCAUAAUCGACUCAUUCAGAUUAAUGCAUGGUAGAGUCUACUAAAGUUACAUAGGGUUGAAACGGUUAAUCCAGUCCAGAUUUUGUCUGAUGUCUUUUCAUGUUUCUGAGUCUGCUUUAAGUGGAUAGAUUUCUUUAUACAUAUGGUUAAGAGGGAACAGAAUUUGACAGUUUUUUUUCGUAAUAAAAUGUAUUUUUAUACUGGAUUUUUA